AUGGCGUCCGAAGACAACGGUGACUUCGACACGGAUCUGUCCGCGGCACCUGCGAAACGCAUGCGGUACUCGUUCGCCGAUGAGAUUGCCCGAACUUCGCAUUUUGAAGCUUUUGGACAGCGAUUCACCGGGUUCCCGUCCGGCGAAUGUUACGCCAAUAAUUUAUAUCAGCAAUCAUACAAGUCUUUAGAUACUCUAUCACCAAAUUAUUUACAACCAAAUUCACCAACCCCACCAUUAACAAUGUCUUCAAGUUUACCAGAAUCUCCGGAAGACUCUAGUAUAUUUGAUGAAAGUUCAGACACUAAAGAAGAACCUGAGGACGAUGAUUCAUCAUCCACAUCCAGUUCAGACUCCAGCACACAUUCUGAUAAUGCAGAUUCUGAAAAAGGAGUACCUGGUUCAAUGGACUGGGUUCAGCGACAAAUUAUGGGUGGUAUAAAUCCGAGACGUUUGUUACAUCAAGUGUUUGGAGCUUCUGUUCCAUCUCAGUUAGAAGAUAUAACAUUAUGGAGAAUAAUCAUGAGUAUGACAGAUGACUCUCCAAUACGAAAUCGUCUUCGUAGUGUUAGUUCACUUGAUGAUGUUGUUAGAUUAUUGAAAACAAGCAAUCGCAUUAUGGUUCUUACUGGAGCAGGUGUCUCUGUUUCUUGUGGAAUACCAGAUUUUCGAAGUCAUAACGGAGUUUAUGCUAGGCUAGCAACAGAAUUUCCCGACUUACCUGAUCCCCAAUCUAUGUUUUGCAUUGAUUAUUUCAGUAAAGACCCUAGGCCAUUUUUUAAAUUUGCCAGAGAAAUCUAUCCAGGACAAUUUAAACCAUCGCCAUCCCACCAAUUUAUUAAAGUCUUAGAAAAGAAAGGACGACUCUUACGUAAUUACACUCAGAAUAUUGAUACAUUGGAACAAGUUGUUGGUAUUAAUAAUGUUAUUGAAUGUCAUGGAUCUUUUGCUACUGCAUCAUGUACUCAAUGCGGACACAAAGUAUCAGCAGAAACUAUAAGACCUGAUGUAUUUGAACAAAGAAUUCCUCGUUGUCCAAUAUGUGUCAAUAGUACUGGUAUUAUGAAACCAGAUAUUGUAUUUUUCGGAGAAGGACUUCCUGACAGUUUCCAUAAAGCAAUUGAAGAUGACAAAAAUAAUUGUGAUUUAUUGAUAGUAAUUGGAUCAUCAUUGAAAGUACGACCAGUGGCUCGUAUACCUAAUAUGUUAGACAAACAUGUUCCACAAAUAUUAAUAAAUCGCGAAAGACUACCACAUAUGAAUUUUGAUGUUGAACUUCUUGGUGACAGUGAUGUUAUUGUGGAUCACCUAUGUCGCAUGCUAGGUUCAGAUUGGACUGAGCUAUGUUGGUGCAAAGAGGAAUUGACCGAAACUAAAACUUUGAAUACACCUACUUCAUCGCCAAGGUCUAAUGAAGCUACAAUUGAAACUGUAGAAGGUGAAAUGUCUACCGAUUCUACAAGAGAUAGUGCUAACAGUAUGUCACCACCACUUGGUGAUGAUAGAUUUACUCCAGGUACUUCAGGUGAACAACGGAAUUUAUCCACAGACUCUACAAGAGAUAGCGGUAUUGAUCCAGAUGAUCCUCAAAAAUCUAGUCUAGCUUCAUAUUUACCAUCUAAUAAAUACUACAUGUUGAAAAAAAGAAGGUACAUGUUUUCUGGUGCAGAAGUGGAUUUAAAUGACAUGAACGAUGACAGUGAAACGGAAUCAGACUCAAGUGAAAAAUCCGAAACCCCCCCAUUGCAUUAA